AUGUCUUCCACAUCCAACCUCGGGUGCGCCGUCGUCGCCGUCGACGGCAGCGAGGAGAGCAUGUACGCCUUGCGGUGGGCGCUCGACAACGUCCACCUCCGAUCUCCUCCCGCCGACUCCAGCGAAUUGCCGGGAUCAUUCGUCGUCGUCCACGUCCAAUCGCCGCCGUCUAUCGCCGCAGGCCUCAAUCCAGGCGCCAUACCUUUCGGCGGUCCAAUCGAUCUGGAGGUUCCCGCGUUCGCCGCAGCGAUUGAGGCGCACCAGAAACGAAUUACGCAGGCAAUCUUGGAUCACGCCCUGGAGAUUUGUCGCCAAAAGAAGGUUACUGUGAAAUCGCAAGUGGUGAUUGGAGAUCCCAAAGACAAGAUAUGUGAAGUUGUUGAGAGUCUUAAUGCGGAUUUGCUUGUGAUGGGCUCCCGAGACUUUGGUCCUAUCAAAAGGAUGUUCUUGGGGAGUGUAAGCAACUAUUGUGCAAACCACGCACAAUGUCCUGUCAUUAUAAUCAAGGGAAAGGGCAAGGAGGAGGAAACUUCUUCAUAG